AUUCCUCUCUCUGCUAGCCUUUCAGUGCAAAUUCCGCUCGAUAAGCAAUAUCCUCCUGUUGCCCAUGUCGGUCAACCUUACAGCUGGACUUUUUCCAACAAUACAUUUGAUUAUGCUUCGGACUCUACUCCGCCAACGCAUACUGUAUCGCCCUUGCCAGACUGGUUAUCCUUCAAUGCUGUGACUAGAACGUUCUCAGGAACUCCUUCCCAAGCAGAUCAAGGAGAACCCGAAAUAACAAUUACUGCGCAUAUCGGCGAUGCUUCUAAUUCUACUAAAUGCAACAUCCUUAUCACUACCAGUCCAGCACUCACUCUCAAUCAACCUAUCUCAGCCCAGUUCUACGAAGGCAAUCCUUCGUUGUCAUCUGUGUUCACCGUUUCAAACAACUCUGCAAUCUAUACUGGCAAUCCGACCAUCCGUGUUCCUCAUAAAUGGUCUUUUAGUGUCGGCUUCUCAAGCGAAACUUUCAUGAAUUCUCAAGAUAACGCCCAUUACACUGUGUUACAAAGCGAUAAAUCACCCAUCCCGUACAAAAUGGAAUUCACUCAGGGGCCUGACACGCUGGGCGGUACAGCCCCUCUGCUUGAAGAAGUAGGCUCUACUGCAACCUUCCACCUUGAACUUAUCGGAAUAGUUUCUGGCGCUUACUCGGAUGGCUCUCUUCCUUUCGACAUGGUCAUCGCUGAUCACGAACUCUCCAUGGAUUCGAAUUCACUUCCUAUCGUCAACAUCACGAGAGACGCUAAUUUUACCCUCAAUUUUGGUUCCAAUGGUGAUCUUGCUGGCGUUCUAGUAGACGGAGAAGCGAUAAAUCCCAGUGAUAUAUUAGACCUCUCCAUCGAUACGUCUUCUUGUGGCUGGCUUCAAUGGGACGGUGCAUCUCGGCUCCUGACGGGAAGCACCGUGGGUCAGGACUUCAACUCCUCCACAGGGCCACAUCUUCCUGUCACGCUUACUACGACCUUCAACCAAACGAUUCGAACCAUUCUUCCACUGGCUAUCGAACCUUCGUUUUUCACGACCGGGACUUUUCCGGCCUAUACGAUCCCUGAAACUGGACUAGCAUCGUUCGAUAUUCAUCCAUACCUCUCAAAUGUUACCGGAGAAAAGCCUGCUGAUGUCAAUAUGUCCAUUGCCGUCGAACCCUCAUCUGCAGCUUCCUGCUUGACCUUCAAUUCAACUUCACUCGUUGUGGAAGGCACUGUUACUGGAGAUUGCCAAGUAUCAAAUAUUUCUGUUACCAUUGCUGCUUACUCUCAUGUAACACAUUCGACGUCUCAUGCCACCCUUCCUAUGACAGACUCUUUCAAGAAAAGUUCGGGAACCCCGCAUCAUCCGGGAUCUCUAUCGUUUUCUGCUCACAAGAAACUUAUCCUCGGCAUCAGCAUUGCUUUCGGGAUCGUAGGUGGCCUCUCUGCAUUGGGCACGUUCUUAGCCUCAGUUCGUCGAUGCUUGCGAGUGCAGGAUCCCGUACUGGCUACCGAGCAAUGUCAACGAAAUCUGUCUGAAAGUGACCAAAGGUGGUACGGUCUAGUUGCAGAGAAGUCCCACGCUGGAUGGAAUCACGAAUCCACUCUCCCUACGGAGAAGCGGCGUCCAGGGAUGGAGCUUCUGCGAUCGCCUCGGAACUAUGGUAAUAUUGGCUUGGGCUUGGAUCCUUCGAAACGAAGUUACACACAGGAAUUUAUGUCACCUUCGAGCGCUGCUGGAAGCAAGUAUCAAAGUCCAGGUGUAAUGAAGAAAGUUGAUUUCAUGAAUCGGAUACGUGAAACUGUUCGGAACGUGAGCGACAAGCUCGGCACUCAAUCUAGCAAGAAAAGUACACCCAUCAGGAGAGGUAUCAUCGGUAAACCCAUCUUACUCAAUGCUCAAGAAGGGCAAAUUCCUCGUGCGAAUGCAAAUGCGACCGAUCCCUUCGUAGCUCCCAGCACUGGGAAUGUCUCGGUAUGUCUCUUGAUAUCUUCUCUCUAUUUGCACAUCACCCCUGCAAGCGUUCAUUUUGCGGAUUUGACGCGUCAGCUGUCCACUGAUUCGGCCCACUCUUUGGAUUCCAUCAGAACUCAUGCGAAUGAAGCCGUGGUCCAGACUGCUACUCGCCACCCUUCCAUGCCCGAUGCUACACAAUCUCGACCACGUUUGAAGCAAGUCACCAGUGCUAUGCGUGUCCCUCCUCCGAAGCUGGUCACGUCGUCGUCAGGCACUGACGGGUCUACCAGUGGCUCUAUUCUCAGCGCUAGAGUCACUAGUCAGAAGGCCAAGAUCUGGACGGGUGAAGAUGCCAUUCCGACCACGGGCACAGGGGAUGAACUUUCAAUGGGAAUCCGUUACGUUACCGCCUUGGGCGGAGACUCUUAUCUGAUGUCUGACGUUCGUCCUGGCUCUUCAUACACAGUUUCUACGCAUCUACAAUCCACGUACUCACUAGACGCGCCAGAUCAUGACCGUAGUGGGGUAAACAGGCUUAUUAUACGGGCAGAUGAACGGUUUGAAGUACUCAUAUCGGUUGGAUCAGCUAAGAAACUUGAAGCAAGGUUGAUCUCGGGAGAUAACACACCUGAUUGGAUGGAAUUCGAUCUGAGGCCCAAUAAAGGGAAAAUAGAACUAUAUGGACUCCCUUCGAUUGCAGAUGUUGGGGACUGGGAUGUUCGAAUUAUCGACACGCAGAAUGGCAGUUGGGUUGGUGAAGUGGGCUUGCAGGUGGUUCCAAAA